AUGGACAAUCUUGCCAACCCAUACUUGGUCGCCGAUGAGGCCUUUGUAGUCUCCCUGAUCACCAACGUAGUUAUAUCAAGCCUUAUAUUCUUUGUGUUUAUAUUCCUGCGGCCCAAGUACAAGGAACUCUAUCAAUAUCGAUAUGAACAUCAACAUCAUGGCAUUGACACACCGCCUUCAUCAUCCCUAUUUGGUUGGGUAUUGAGCACUCUUCGAUUCAGCAAUGAGAAGAUCAUAGCAUCCUCUGGUCUGGACGCAUACUGCUAUCUACGCAACGUUCGUUCAAGCUUCUAUAUUAUGUUACUGAUGGCUAUUCUGACGGCCAUUGGAUUGUAUCCAACUAAUUACAUGGGCAAGUUCAAUGAGACGCGCGCACCUGACGAGAGCAAGGUGGUGGGACUGUCGACCAUAUCGAUGACCAACAUUGCACAGGGCGAGAAGACGCUCUGGGUGCACGUGUUCUUCACGUUCCUCACGACGCUCGUCGUGUGCUACUUCAUCUUCUACGACUACAAGGACUACUCCAACCGCCGCAUCCAGUUCAAGAACCAGGACCGUCUGAUGAACUACUCGAUCUACGUCAAGGACAUCCCCAACCACCUGUUCACGCAGGAGGACUUCUUCUCGCACAUGGACCAUCUGUUCCCCGGCCAGAUCAAAGAGGUCGCGCUCAUCGUCCAGACGACGGCCGUCUACAAGAAGAUCGAGGAGCGCGAGGGCUACGUCAAGCUGUACGACCACAUCGCCGAGCGCGAGAAGCGCACCAACAAGACAGAGUACGUGCGCGACGGCUUUCUCGGUCGCUUUGGUAACCGCCGCAAUGCACUCGGCUAUUAUCAGCAGAAGAUCAACGAGUUGGACAGGGAGAUACAGGUGGAGAAGCUGAGCGCGCAGGACAGUCUGUCGCUGGAGGGCCGCUGCGGCUUUGUCAUCUUCACGACCAAGUCGGCGGCCAAGAUCGCCGAGCAGGUCAUCGUGGACAAGGGCCACCCAUUCAAAAUGGUGCGCUACUCGGGCAUCGACCCGUCGGACAUCUACUGGCCCAAUAUCGACAUGUCGUACACCAACUUCUGGGUGCGCUCCAUCGAGAUUGGCAUUGCCAUCUUCUUCAUGGUCUUCUUCUGGAUGAUCCCCAUUGGUAUCAUUGCUGGUGUGAGCAACAUCUCGUCGCUGUCCCAACUCGGCGCCUUCCAGUGGGUGCUGCGCUUCAUCAAGGAGAACCCUGUCAUGCUCGGUUUCCUCGAAGGUGUCAUGACCAACGUCCUCCUCAUCCUUGCCAUGAUCAUUCUCAUUCCAAUCCUUACCAAGAUGUCCAAAGUACAAGGACACUUCUCUCGCUCUGACAUUGACAAGUCUGUGUUUAGGAAGUUGUUCCUUUUCCAGAUAUUCAACGUCUUCCUUGGAUCAUCAAUUGUUGGCUCAAUCUUUGAUUCGAUCGCGACCAUCAUUAACAGCCCAUCCUCAAUCAUAUCGAUGCUGGCGGCUUCGUUGCCAGGCCAGGCCAACCAGAUGAUUAACUUGACAAUGUUGUCGGCGUGCACAGCCGUGAUGGGCAUCAGCCGAAUCAUCCCACUGAUGAUCCGCCAGAGCAAGCUGAAGAAGGCUCUGACUCCACGCGAGUUUUAUGACAUCUCGCACAUAGGUGGCUUCCCCUACUACAUCUUCUAUUCGCGCAACGUGCUCAUCCUCCAGAUCUGCCUGGCAUACUCGACAAUGACACCAUUCAUCCUGCUCUUUGGCGCCUGGUACUUUGGCGUCACGUACCUGUUCAGCAAGUACAACAUUGUCUGGGUCAACACGCCCAACUACCAGACGGGCGGCCGUCUCUACCCGUCCGUGUUCAGACGCACGAUCAUUGGCCUGCUGAUAUACCAGCUUCUGAUGAUUGGCGUGUUCAACCUCUACAAGUUCUACUGGGGCAACCUGACGGCCAUCGCCGUCAUCUUCACCGCAAUCUAUGGCUACUAUGUGGACUCUCUCUUCUUGGACAAGUCUCGCUAUGGUGUGCUGUGCACCUACGAUGAGAACGAGGCACUGCUCAACCAGGACCACUUCCACGACCAGUGCAUGUCGCUCAAAGAGUACACGGGCAAGGAGUAUCUGCCGCCCUUCUACUCGCCUCUGGUCCAGAUCAACAAUGAAUCCAUUGAUCUGGCCGACAUCAAGUCCAAUGCAGAAUCAUUCGAUUACUAUCCCAACACCAAUCCCAAUGGCAAGGAUAAUGGAAAGGGCAACAACAAGAAUUAUAACAGGUUGUUCUAG